UUUUGCGAAGAAUGUCUGAUUCCUUAGUAAGUUGUAAGUUGGAUGCUGUAUCCUCAAGAUAGUCCAUAGUAAGCAUACUCGGCAGUCACUACAAAUUUUGGACGCGUGUCGUGAAGAAGAGGCAGAUAAUGAAGAAGUUGUACUUGUGUCUUUUAUUACAAUUAUGUGCCAUCACCAUCGCACAAAAGACUAUACUGGACACUGCAAUUAUUAGACAUACCUAUCGUAAAUAUCGUAGUUGGUUGUCGCAAACUUAUGGUACGAAAAAUAAUGAACAAAUGAUUCAGCUACGGAAAGAAAAUAAAUUUCAAGACGAAGUUCCAGCAGACAUACCGUUUCCCUGCAACGUAACAGGUGGAAGGUCUUCUGAAGUUCCCAAAUCAGUUCAUCGUUUGAGACCAGGAGACAUAGAUGUCAUUGCCGCAAUGGGCGAUUCUACGACAGUUCCGACAGCAGUUACCGCAGUUAACCUGUUACAAUUGCUGGUUGAAAAUAGAGGGAUAUCAGCGAGUAUCGGCGGGGAAGAAACAUGGAGGAAAUACCUGACGCUUCCUAAUAUUCUUAAAGAAUUCAACCCGAAAUUAAUAGGCUAUUCACUCGGAGAUUCUGUAAGUACUGAGCCAGACGCGCAGUUCAACGUCGCCGAAACUGGUGCAAUGUCCAAAGACAUGCCUUUCAUGGCACAGCAUCUGGUUGAAAAGAUAAAAAGUGACCCGAGGAUAGAUGUGAAUAAAGAUUGGAAGUUGAUUUUGUUGAUGAUUGGGUGCAAUGAUUUCUGUAGCAACAUAUGUAUAGCUCCUUCUCCGUGGUCUAUAUUAAAAGAACAUGAAAUUGAACUAAUUAACACUCUUAGAAUAUUGAGAGAUAAUUUGCCACGAACUUUCGUUGCUCUUAUCGUGCCACCUCAUAUGAGGGCAAUUGCUGAACAUCAUCGACAAUAUUUGUGGCCGUGCAGUACGAUGUCAAUCAUUGAGUGUCCGUGUUUAUUUGCUUUGCAAUUUCAACAUGGAAAACUGGAAUAUUAUGAAGUAAUAAGAAGGUGGCAAGAAUUAGAUAAAGAAAUUGCCAGUUAUCCAGAAUUUUAUAGAGAUGACUUUAUUGUGGAAAUGUUACCAGUUCUUAUAAAUUCAAUUAUACCGCUAGCCGAGGAUGGAUACCAGGAUAUGUCGUAUUUAGCUGUUGAUUGCUUUCAUUGGAGUCAAAAGCUUAUCGCAAAUUAUGCAAAUGGUAUAUGGAACAAUUUGUUACAACCAACUGAUAACAGGACUAACUGUUUGGACGGAAACAUAUUUAAAAGAUUCUUGUGCCCCACUUCGGAGAAUCCAUACUUGACGACGCAUAAAAAUCAACAAGAGAUUGACGAGGCUUGUGAUUAAAAAUAUCUAGGACAUGUUUUUAGCUUGUUAUUCAAUCAAAGAUUUUUCCAUUACAAUCAUUUACUAAUGUAUAUAUUUAUGUAUAAUAGAUAAAAAGAAAGUUAUUUUUCUAUA